AUGGCUUUCAGCAAAAACACAGACAAUAAUGUGUUUUAUGCGGACGAAGAGUACCGAAAGACGGCUCACAUCUCAUCACUCGAUGAGUACAGAAAACUAUACCAGAAAAAACUAUACCAGAAGUCAGUCUCAGAUCCCAAAGGCUUUUGGAGUGAAAUCGCGAAUAACUUCUAUUGGAAGCGAUGGACACAAGAAGUAGAGGUCGUGUCCUAUAAUUUUGAUGUCACUAAAGGACCCGUUUGUGUGAAAUGGUUGGACGGAUGCAAAACCAAUGUCUGUUAUAAUGUAUUGGAUUUGGUUAUCGAGAAAGGACUCGGAAAUCGUGUCGCCUAUUAUUGAUUUGCAAAUGUGCUCAAAGGGUUGGGCAUCAAAAGGGGUGAUAGAGUGGCCACAUAUAUGUCGGUAACCGUAGAGUUGGUUACUGUUAUGCUGGCCUGCGCUCGAAUCGGCGCCAUUCACUCAGUCAUUUUCGCCGGUUUCUCUGCCGAAUCCCUCGCCGACCGUAUAAUAGAUGCCAAUUGUGUUAUAUUAGUGACGGCCGACGGGGCCUUUCGGGCCAACAAAUUUAUACCAUUGAAAUCAAUCGCCGACUCAGCACUCGAUAUAUGCAAACAAAUGAAUCACAAAGUGAUGGCUUGUAUUGUGAACCCACAUCUGAAUCUCAAAAGAAAUAUUAUAAUUAAUAAAAACAAUAAUAAUAUUGAGAGUAAAUGUGGCAUCAAUUGGGACCCAAAUGUGGACAUCCUAUGGACUGAUGUCAUGACAAAUGUUUGCGAUUAUUGCGAACCCGAAUGGAUGGGAGCGGAAGACCCACUGUUCAUACUUUAUACCAGUGGAAGUACGGGAAAACCUAAAGGCAUUGUCCACACAAUCGGCGGUUAUCUCCUCUACUCUUACAUAACAUUCAAAUAUGUAUUCAAUUACACCGACGGAGACGUGUUUUUCUCGACCGCAGAUUUGGGAUGG